AUGGUGCGCUGCGGGGCGGCCGCGCUGCUCGCCGCGCUCCUCGGCGUCUGCGUCUGGACCGACGAGACCGGGAAAGUUAUCUCGGACCGCUUCGCCGUCUACUGGAACCGGAGCAAUCCCAGGUUCCACCGCGGGGACUACACGGUGGAGGUGAGCAUCAACGACUACCUGGACAUCUACUGCCCUCACUACGAGGAGCCGCUGCCGGAGCGGAUGGAGAGGUACAUCCUCUACAUGGUCAACUACGAGGGCCACGCGUCCUGCGACCACCGGCAGCGCGGCUUCAAGCGCUGGGAGUGCAACCGCCCCGACUCGCCCAACGGGCCCCUCAAGUUCUCCGAGAAGUUCCAGCUCUUCACCCCCUUCUCGCUGGGCUUCGAGUUCCGACCCGGCCACGAGUAUUACUACAUCUCCGCCUCCCCCCCGAACACGGUGGACAGGCCCUGCCUGAAGCUGAAGGUUUAUGUUCGGCCAACAAACGAUUCCCUCUACGAGUCUCCGGAGCCCAUUUUCACCAGCAACAACUCCUGCUGCAGCCUCAGGGUGCCGCCGGCGGCGCUGGCGGUGGUGCCGGUCGUCUGGACGCUGCUGGUCUCGUAGCACCGGCACGGGAGCGGCUCCGCGGAUCCCGCCCGUCCCCAAUGGUGCCCCGGGAGGGUCGUGUCGCCGCCUGAAGUCCCCGCCGUGGCACGGCCGUCCCGCCGGGAGCGGUGCUGGGCUGUCCCCGGGCAAUGGGUCCCGAAUUUCCAUCCCUGCCCCGCAGCUCGGGCUGUCCCGGUGGGGCGUUGCUUUUUACAUUUCUAGACCAAAUACAGAGUCCUCGUCCGUUUGGGGUUUUUUUUCCUUUGUUUUUUUUUUUUUUUUUUUUUUUUUAAUUUUUGGUUUCGUUCGGUUUUUUUAAAAGAAAAAAGUAUUUUUAUUUUUAUUCGUUGAGUUGUUCCCGUCGGGUCCCCCUGGUGCCAGACUGACCCGCACGGGCCGGGCUCGAGUCCCCGCUGAGCCUUCAUUGUCCCCGCCGCGGGCAGAGCCACCGGGAGCACCGGACACAGCCGUGGUGCCACCGGCUCCGUGGGCACAGGCUCCUUCCCAGCCCGGCCACAGGACGUCACGGAGCCGGACCUGCCACCCCCGGCCACCCCCUGCCCCGGGCACGGGGGGCCUGGAUGGACACAGCCCCCUCUGAGCACCUCUCCACUCGUGCCAGGAUGUCACCGCGUCCCCGUGGGACACCGGGGUGGCUCCGUGAGCGGCAAACUGGAUGCAGGCAAGGAGAGCACUGGGGACACUGGGGAGCAUCACCGGGGAUGUGUGGGCAGCACGGCAGCACCGAGGAUGGCACUGGGAGAGCAGCGAGGAGAGCACCGGGCACACCCGGCAUGGGGAGCAGCAGGAACGGCCAGCACCGGGAGCACCGGGGACACCGGCACGGAGAGCACCGGGGACGGCUGGCACUGAGGAUGACUGGCACUGGGAGCACUGGGAAGGGCUGGCACUGAGGAUGGCUGGCACUGGGAGCACCGGGAAGGGCUGGCACUGCAAAUGGCUGGCACUGGGAGCACUGGGAAGG